AUGGUCCUAGAAGCACUUGGAGCUGCGUCAGCCGUCCUCGCCUUGCUCGAGACGAGCCUCAAGUCGGCAGAGUUCUGUAGGAGUGUCCGUGACAACUUCCUGCAGAUUCGUCAAGAUGCACAGGGUGCUACGGAGAAGAACUUCAUUCUCGAAGACUACUCAAAGGACCUUGGCGAAGUGGCGAAAGAAUGCCGCAGCAAACUCAAGCAGACCCAAGCAGUCUCGAGCAGGAAGAUUGUCAAAAUUGCAAAUGACUGUCUCAAGGAUGCCGACGAGCUCGCCGCCCUGUUGCGCACAGUUCGCGGGUCAGGUGCAUCCUCCGAGUCUAAGAGUGAGGCGGCCAAAGCGACAUUUCGAGCGAUGAAGGAACGGAAGACUAUUGAGAAGCUGGAGAACAGGUUACGAGCUCACCAGGCUGCGUGGGAUACAGUUGUGAUCCAAGAUAUCCGUAAUCAACAGGAUCUUGCCAAGGUCGAGCAGACUGCAGAGUUCAAAGCUUUCCAUGGUCAUUUGCAAGAGUUGAUCAAGAAGCAGACCAGUGCGGAGGAGAGCAACUCCAAGCAACAUGCCAUGACGCUUGCGCGACUUGAGGAGAUGAAGCUUGCUGACGAGACCGCCCACAACAAGACCCUCGAGCGCGUGGACCAGGCAAGCAGGCAGAUUGCAGUUGGUAGCCUCGUGAAAAGUUUAUCAUUCGACGGACAGCACGCAAGGAAGGAAAUGCUAAGGGAUCCGUGGCCCAGCACAUGUGACUGGAUCUUUGCCGAGCACGAAGACUACCCGGAGAAUCCUGCAGGGUUGACAGAACAUGUCUUCCUGGACUGGCUGAAGACGGACUCUCCGCUCUAUUGGAUCAGUGGAAAAGCUGGCUCUGGCAAGUCCAACUUGAUGAACUACAUGGCUGGUCAUGAGUGCACAGAAGAGCAACUCCAGCUUUGGAGCGGCGGAGACGCAGUGCUUAUCUUGGACUUCUUUUUCUGGCGGCCGGGGACUCCUUUGCAGAAGAGUCUACCAGGACUCAUGCGAUCACUUCUAUACCAGUUAUUGGAGUCCAGGAGGGACUUGGCAGAGAUCGUCUCGCAAGAGCUCGAAGCCGGGAUGUCUGCGGGCUGGACGCAGCUCAGACUGCGACAGCUAUUUGAGAAGUGCAUCACAGAGCUCAAAGAUACUCCAUUAGUGUUCUUCGUUGACGGAUUGGAUGAGUUUGAUGGCGACUCAAGCGAAUUGCUCGACUUGCUGCUCCUUCUGCCACAGUGCGGCCGGACUAAAGUGUGCGUCUCUAGUAGACGUGAGAACAAUCUCAUCCCAAGACUCGAUGCCCUCCCGCAGCUGUGGAUGGAGCACGUCAACGAAAGGGGUAUCCGGAUCUAUAUCGACGACAAACUGAUCCCGCUCGGUCUGCAGCCCUCGUUGGCGCAGUGGAUCGCUUACAGAGCGGGCGGCGUAUUCUUGUGGGCUGUCGCUGUUACGCGCUCAGUCUCUGAGGGGUUGCACAAUGGAGACGACGAUGCAAUGAUUGAGAAACUGAUUGAACAAAUGCCCGAAGAGAUGAACGAGCUGUUCCGUCACCUCCUUCAACGCAUCAACAAGGCCUACAGAGGAGACAAGACAUUGUACUUCAUCCUUCGGGCAAAGCAGCUCGCUGACCAAGAGCUUCUCGAGGAUCCGAAUCUAGCGGUCAUUAUAGCGGCUACAACCGCGGAAGGCUACCUGCCAUACUCGUACUACAUCGAGCAAUGCGAACGACUGCGUCGUCAGGUUCCUGCCCGUAGCGGAGGGCUACUGGAAGUCGCACCUGGUCACGAGAGCCUUAUAGAUCACGCAUGGGCGGUACCUCAAGACGACAGUGCGGAUCCGCAAGCUUGGCAUUCUCUGGAAGACAUCGCUGCGGCUAGGAGAAUUGUUGAAGCCGAUUCAUUGGUGAAAGACAUGUGCCAUUGCGAAAACAGCAGGAUCCUCUGGCUUCAUCGCUCAGCGUACGAUUUCAGCAUGGAACCAGACUUUAUGGCCACUAUGGGGUUCAUAAACCAUCCACCAGACUCAGAGAUUUUGUUUUCCUACCUUUCUGGAUAUUUGAAACUGCUGGCUGUCGCGCCCUCGCGAUCGUGUGGUCAAGCAAUUCGGCCGACGUCUCAGAAAGUCCAUGAGGCUGCUUCGUAUAUCUACGCAUGCAGGCACCAUCUUAGUGAUCGCACCGACGAGCUACUGAGUCGAUUGAGGGCCAUCGUGACAUCUAUCAGGCCCGCAGCGUUAUCCGAAGAUACUCAACUCGGUUACCCUGGUGAGCCAGAGACUGGAACUCAUGCCCUCGCGGACCACCAAGCCAUCGAAGACUCAGUCUACCUCGGUGAGAUGCAGGAAAGGGUAUUCUGGGCCGCUUGUGCGGAAGAAAAGCUUUACGAUUACAUACGACAGCAUCUCUUCACAUGGCCUGAAUCGGCUGGCAGCAGUCUCGCCAUGUCCACCAUGGUUGAGUCUUGCUGCCACAAUCGGCGAGGUGGUUUCUUUCGAGCACCGAAAAGCACGUUCUUGUUGGAAGUCUUACAGCGUCUAAGCUUGACGCUGCCGGAUGUCACUGAAGCGUCGUCAACCCAACGCUACGCCAACGUGAGAAUACGCCCGGACUGGUCCUGGGUACCCGAUCAUACCAGGAUGUCCUGGAGAGAUCCGUCGAGCUGUGUCGCUGACGGAAAGCGCGAUCAAGAAACAAUGCUGAACAUGGUCAAGGCAUGGCUGAGGUUCACGAUGCUGUUAAUUAUGUCUUCGACCGCAGGCGAAUUCAGCAAAGGCCUACCCAGCAUCGUACUGGAGAUCAUGCAGUCCUUCACACCGAUCCUCAAUUCCCGCGAGGUGUUCGUAGCGGUGGAACAUCGGCAUCGAUGGGAUAAGACUCGUUUGUGGCUCGAGGCUUCCUCUGACGCAUUUCCACAGGUCGCACUCGCAAGAUGGCUCCCUCCGGUAGCUCUGCGAGAGAUCUCUGAGGCAUAUGCACAAAGACCUCCAAGAUUCAGAAUCUCUUGCGGCACGCGAAUUGGCCCGUUCGCAGAGACACGGCACGUCGUUGCGUGUUUUGAACCCCCCGGUUCCCUGCGAGAGUCGAACUUCGAACCCUCACUUUUUAAACCUCGCGAGGACAUCUUGCUAAACCCUGAGCCGGGUUGGGCGCUAUCUGCUAACGCGUAUGUAGAGAUUCACUUUCUUCUGACCGACGACAAGUUCCGCGCUGCUCUCAUUGACGAGAUCUGGGCGGCAUCUCCGGACACGCUGGAUGGGUGGCAGCAACUAUAUCUACUUGCGUGCGUCCGCAGGUCCAAGAACGAUGCGAAGAACCUUGGCCUGAGUGAUGUUGAGAAGAGAGUACUUGGCUUGUAG